GGGAAACUGGAACUUCAUGGAGGGAAGCUGCACCUCUCGCCCCGCUCACGCUGCGGUGGAAGUUGCAAGUUGCAACUCCAACUCCACCGCUGGGAGCCCAGCCGCAGCCCCAAACCCAGCACCAGCCGUCCGCCCUCCCUCCCUACCUUCGUCGGUUGUCUCUCUCUCGGUCACGCUCGCGCUCACGCGCCCACGCACGCACCGCACCGGAUAGAUGAAGAUGGACGUCCCCCCGCCCCCUCCCCCUCCCCCUCCCCAACCCUCACCUCCCUCCCGUUCCCGUGGCCUGCCUGAGUCCCGACUCCACGCGGCCCCGCUCUCGGUUUCCCUCCCUUCCCCGUCCGGAUCUAUCUACCUUUCCCCCCACCCACCCCUCCGCCGCCCUCCUGGAUUCCCCGCCCCCGGCCGGCCGGCCUCGCUGGGUGCUCGGUCUCGCCUGCGCCAUGGACGACGCCGGGGAGCCGCGCCUGCCCAGGAAGAAGGGCACCAAGCGGCCCCCUCCCUCGGCGCCGCCGCCGCCGCCCGCCCAGGGCGGCGGCAGGGGGAGGGACAGGUUCGACUCCCUCUGGCGGGACUACCACGAUUUGCUCAAGGAAACUGAGGCGAAGAAGAGGAGGCUAGAGCGCAUAAACCAGCGAAAGCUUGGACUGCUCGCCGAAGUCAAAUUCUUGCGGAGGAAGUACAGUUCGUUUGCCAAUGAUGAUUCAGAGCAAACACAUCACAGGCUAAAGAAGAAGAAAGCUAAGCAAAUCCCAUCCCCUCUGGGGAUCAAUGAAGGGCCAUCCACUAGCAAGAACACAAAUGUGGACUUGAAUCAUGAUUCUGCAAUGAAUGCUGAGGGAGCCGGUUUCCAGGGGUACCAGGACCAUCCAGAACCUGGGAAGCAUGAUCAGGCUGGUGUAGAUGAAGAUAUGAUGACCUCCAAUAUCAAGUUAUCAGUUUAUAGGGAUACAGAAAAUUCCCCGGCCAGUGAUGAUAAGAGGGCAGCCGCAUGGCAAGACCGGCUAGCCUUGCAGGUCUAGUCCCGCCGUAGAAAUGGGUAUGGCAUGGCAUCCUUCUCUGGUGGUUGACUGCACCCCUGCCUGGUUUCGUCAAAUAUUGCCCGGUGCUCUGUAAAUGAACAAUUGAUAUAAGGAUACUCAUGCUUCAUGUUUACAGUUCAUGCUCUGUAGAGGCAUGGACUGAGAUAGUUUGACACACUUAGACAAGUUCGAUCCUAUUACAAUGUUACGAAACAUCCAGCCUGGAUUUCGAGUUA